AUGUCUCCAUAUGGUCAAUGUUCAACUAAUAUUGAUUGCGGAUGUCUUCCUUUGACAAUAUCUGAUGAUAGUGGUCUUUGUGGUUUUCUUCGGAUUAAAUGUUCUCGUUUAGAACCAUGUGAAAUGCCAGAUGAUUACUGUAAAAAUCUUGGUCAUGUGUGUGUUCAUUAUCCUCGAUGUCAUCAUGUUUCUGUUUGUUAUCCACUAUCAAUGAUCGAUCAACGAAUCUGUCCACCAAAAAUAACAACAUGGGCUCAACAUGGUAUCACAAUAAUUGGUGGCAACAGUUACGAAGGUCCAUCUGUCGAUCUUGAUUUUCCUAAAGGAAUGUUUAUCGAUGAAAAUCAAACAAUUUAUAUAGCAGAUACUGACAAUCAUCGAGUUAUUAAAUGGAAACAAGAUGCUUCAAGUGUUGAAAUAAUAACAGAUGGGAAUGAUAAAGAAAAUAUUAAUACAUGUGGAUCGAGUAAGCCGUUUGAUGUCGUUGUUGAUAAAAAUGGAACAAUUUACAUUGCUUACCUAACAAUUAAUCAAGUUCAAAAAUGGAUUCGAGGUGCUGACAGAGGUGAAACAAUGAUUAAUAUACAUAGUCCACUUAGUGUAGCAAUAGAUAAUGAAGAAUCAAUUUAUGUAUCUUCUAUGUCUUCAUCAAAACUGAAGAAAUAUCGUAAAGGUGUAACGUAUGGUCAAGCACUCAUGUCUGGUGAAGUAGGACCUUUCCCAUUGACUGUUGAUCGGCAUAGAUCUGUUUAUAUGGUUGAUAUGUAUCAUGAUCGAGUAUUAAAGAUAGACGAAGGAAACAGAGCUAUCUCAGUUGUAGUCGAUGGAUCAGAACAUAGUGGUACAGAUCGACUAUCAAAACCACACUCAAUUGCUGUUGACGAGGGGGUUCCGGAAUUUCGCCAAUAA